ACCGACACACCGGCUGGAACAGCCGGGAAGCGAGGAAAUUUAGGGGGUUCAAUGAUCAAUCAUCUCACCUCCAGCCACCACAGUCCACCCCCCUCAUCGUUCUCUCUUACCUCUUCUAUCUACCAAGUCAUAAAUUAAUUCUUAGGGCAUCGAUCUCUUGGCUCUAGCUGAGUAGCGACUAGCAGUGCACUCAAAGAUGAGAGCUGGAUGCCUGGAUCUCCUACAUCCAGGCAAUGCUUUAUGAAAAGCAUCUUUAUAUUUGUUUAGGGAAGAAAGAGAUAGAGAGAGAGAGAGAGAGAAUUGAUAUAGGCCACACUCCUAAGAUAGAAAAUCACUUUAAUUUGAUCAAUGUACGUGGGGAAGGACGACGUUCCCUGCAAGUUCGAUCUGGAAGCCAAUUACCUGAACCACCGGCUCUUGGUGAACCUGCUCCACUUCUCCGUUGAAGAAUUCGGCUACUCCUACAAUGGAGCUCUCAGGAUAGCCUGUGAGAUCGAUCUUUUCCAGCACCUCCUCCAACUCCUCCACACCAGAAACCCGUCCGCACAUUACGUCGACCUUCCCGAUCUCAUUUCCAACUUCUACGCUGCAAAUUAUCAUCAUUAUCAUCGGCAGAACAGAAAUCCAUCUCCCCAGAAUUAA